UUAUGUUUGGUUGCCGAGAAAAGAAAAAAAACAGAGGAAAAUCUAAGAAAUCUGUGUUUGGAUUACUCCUAUUCCAUCGUUUUGUUCGGUUUUCUCUGCUGCCAAUCGGUGAUUAAUGAUUUUUAUCAAGGGACAUUCACAUCUUUGAUUUGCCAAGCAGCAAACAAGAUGCAGGCAUCAAGGGCUAGGCUUUUCAAGGAAUACAAAGAGGUGCAGCGGGAGAAAGCAGCAGAUCCAGAUAUUCAACUUGUCUGUGAUGAUUCCAACAUAUUCAAAUGGACUGCUCUUAUCAAGGGACCAUCGGAGACACCUUUUGAGGGUGGUGUUUUCCAGCUUGCGUUUGCUGUUCCUGAACAGUAUCCUUUGCAACCUCCUCAAGUUCGGUUCUUAACAAAGAUAUUUCAUCCAAAUGUGCAUUUUAAGACAGGAGAGAUUUGCCUUGAUAUCUUGAAGAAUGCAUGGAGCCCAGCUUGGACACUCCAGUCUGUAUGUAGGGCUAUAAUUGCUUUAAUGGCUCAUCCAGAGCCUGAUAGCCCACUAAACUGCGAUUCAGGCAAUCUUCUACGAUCUGGUGAUAUAAGAGGAUAUCAAUCCAUGGCUAGGAUGUACACUAGGCUUGCGGCCAUGCCCAAGAAAGGGUGAAGUAUUGGAGUGCUGUUUCAAAAGAUCACAUUGUUACUAUCCUGCAAGAACUCCCUAGGUCAAAACCUCAAAAAAAAAAAAAAAGAAAGAAAAAAAAAAACUUCAAAUUCUGAAUGGGACAUGUAAUUGGUGGCUUGCUGUUGUAUUGAAAGACGCGACUCUACAUUUAAUAAGCAGCUGAUUUUUAAGACGAUAGAUGUCUACUUUUCUGCUUU